ACGUCUUGAGAGAACUAUAAAAAUGUUAUGGGGAUAUAAAUUGGUCCACCUUUUAUUGUAUUCGCCAGUCCAGUUUAUAUAUCGAAAAGCAUGCAUUUUCGCCGUUGUUUCGUCGUAUUGGGAAUGGUGGUUCGUUUGCUUGAUGGAAAUAUGAUCACAGUGGUUUCUCAGCCAGAAGGAACUUCGGACGACACACCAUCAGUGGAAGUCGAACUGACCACGGCUUCAAAGACAGAAGCGACAUCGGCGCGACCUACAACCUUUAUGAGGAGAAUAGAUAUACGAAAUUCAGAUUACAAUUUUGAACAUACUACAGAUAUAUUUCAAAGGAGUGGACGGAGAUUCUUUGGCGACACGGACCACGGACGCUUCGAUCAAAUGUGGAAAUGGGAUUAUUGGUGCAUGCUGCAACCGGAAACUGGCAACUGCGGAAGUAACCAAACAAAAUACUAUUACAACAUGCAGGUGGAUCAGUGUUUACCGCAUGUGUUCUCUGGAUGCAGCACAAGGAACAACAAGAACCAAUUCGAGUCUGUCGAGGAGUGUCACAACCAUUGCAAAGGAUCUGCACUCAUGCCAGCGAGCCUCCCAGUUAAAAAUAUAGAUGUUUGUAAGCUUCAGCCCGUAUCUGGACGAUGUUUGGGUAAUUUUAGAAUGUACUAUUACGACGUAAACGAAAAGCUUUGCAAAACGUUCUUCUAUGGGGGUUGUGCCGGCAACGAGAACAACUUCGAAAUGGAAUCGCAGUGUUUUAUUCGAUGUCAGGAGGAAUCGGUCAAGCCGACACAGGUCCCGCAGAAUAGUACAGAAGAGGAGGAGUCCCCAGAGGGCCCAGAGGACGAGGAACAGGUGGAUGAGGCCACGGACCGUAACACGCGUCCACCAUCAUAA